AUGACAUGGCCCCUAAACCUGCGUCAAAUUGGUCGAAUUUAUCUUGCUCUAGCUAUACCUGCUUUUAUAUUUCAUGUGUUAUUCUGGAUACAGGUAGCUACGCAUCCAGCACUUCGUCAAAUGUCUAUGCUUUGGGUAUAUAAUUAUCUUAUUACGGAUAUUCUUCUACUUGUGCAACUCUUUGUUGAGUAUUCAACUCGUACUAUGUCAGGGUGUGUUUCACCUGCCAUCUUCAAUGUACUUUGUGCGAUUGAAGCAUACGCAAAUUCGUAUAUGACUGUACUUGAAGCUUAUAUGUUAGUUUGUUUAAAUAUUACACGUUACUAUUUGAUUGUAAAAAAUUUCAAUAUAGCUUCUCGAUAUCCGUCUAUUCUUCUUAUUUUCAAUGUAUGCUUAUAUUUAUUUGGAAUAGCUAUCUUAUUGAUUCAAACAAAAUUAUUUGGCAUAGUUCAAUUACAUGAAUAUCAAAAUAAUGGUAGUUGCCAUUUGGACUAUGAAGAUAUUAAAACUGGUUUUGGAAAUUUGUUCAUUGUUGUUUUUAUUCCAGUUAUUUUAAAUUGUUAUUUCAUGAUAGUAACAACCAUUCAUGUUCGUCAAUCGCAACUAGCUGCUCGAUCACAACGUACUAAACAUUUACAAUUACUAGUUCAAUUUUUUGUUCUUUACAUUUUUUGGUUGAUAUUAUGGACACCUAACGUUGUGGCAUCUUAUGUUUUAUCGAUAUUUGAGCCAAGUAUUUACGCACGUUUUGGCAGCAUAGCAAGUGCCUUAUGUGACCCUCUUAUUUUUAUGUUUAUUGAUCGACGUUUUUUAAAUGUUUGGAGGAAAACAUCAUCUCGAAUACUACGAUGCGGUCGACCACAGCGACAAAUAGGUCCAACAACAGUAAGCAACGAGCUUCAAAUAUCAGUAGCUCAGCAAUAA